AUGCCAUGCCAAGAAGCGGCGGUUCUAAAAUUAGAGGAACCAAUAGACCCCCUGCUCCAACUUUGCAUCCCAGCAGUACAUGAAACUCCACGAGAGACACCCCCCAAGACGGCAAGGCCUUUGGCGACUAUUCCCGAAUUCGCCUACCCUUUCUUCUUGCGAUCCCGUGAUCACCGAGUCGUUUGCAACCAACCCCGCUCAGUUCGUUGUUACCCACUCCGCCCACUGUAUCUUGUCCAGCCCACUCUUUCUCUCCCAUUUCCGCCCCUCGUGAUUUGGUCAAAGCCCGCCCCCAUUCUCUAG